AGCUCUAGAACUUUAGCGCCUUUGUAUUUCAUCACUCCAAAUUCUCCCCGUACUCUGUAAUCUCACUCUUCCAAACCCGAAGCGAUCCUUUUCUUCACUGCUCGCUUCUGUGAUCUAAACUCAUUUCAAGCCUUGCUAUAUCACUCAACGGUCAACUGAAUGGCUGAGGCAGCAUACACAGUGGCAUCUGAUAGUGAAACCAGUCGGGAGGAGAAAUCCUCAUGCACCUUUCCUGAAACAACAAUUGGAAUUGACAUUGGCACUUCACAAUGCAGGGUUGCGAUCUGGAAUGGCUCCCAGGUUGAGAUCCUUAAAAACAGUAGGAACCAGAAGAUGAUGAGUUCAUAUGUUACAUUCAAGGAUGGAACUCCUUCUGGGGAACUAAGCAAUCAACUCUCUGCAGAUCAUGAUAUGUUAUCCGGAGCAGCAAUCUUCAACAUGAAACGCUUAAUUGGCCGAGUUGACACGGAUCCAGUUGUCCACUCUAGCAAAAGCCUUCCAUUUCUAGUACAAACAUUGGACAUUGGUGUCCGCCCAUUUAUUGCAGCCUUGGUUGGAAAUUUCUGGAGAUCCACCACUCCUGAAGAAGUUCUGGCAAUAUUUUUGGUGGAACUUAGGGAAAUGGCAGAAAUACAGUUAAAGCGGCCCAUAAAAAAUGUUGUUCUGACUCUGCCAGUUUCAUUCAGCCGAUUCCAGCUGACUCGGAUUGAGAGAGCAUGUGCCAUGGCUGGCCUUCAUAUCCUGAAACUGAUGCCAGAGCCAACUGCAGUGGCAUUGUUAUAUACCUUAUAUGCAAAACAAAGUGGAUUUCAGUCAACAGAUAGGAAUGUUCUAAUCUUCAAUAUGGGUGCUGGAUACUGUGAUGUCGCCGUAAGUGUUACAGCUGAAGAGGCACCUCGAGGAAUUUCUGAAAUAAUUGCCUUAACAGGAAGUGCCAUUGGAGGAGAAGACUUGCUUCAGAAUAUGAUGCGUCAUCUGUUGCCAAAUGCAGAGAAUCUUUUGACAAGUCAUGGAGUUGAUGAAAUCAAAUCAAAGGGGUUGCUUCGAGUUGCGACCCAGAAUGCAAUCCACAGCCUCUCCUCCCAAAAUUCUGUUCAAAUUGAUGUUGACUUGGGAAAUGGGAUGAAAAUCUGCAAGGUUGUGGACCGAGAAGAAUUUGAGGAAGUUAAUCGGGCCGUAUUUGAUGAGUGUGCUAGCCUCAUAAUCCAGUGUUUGCAUGAUGCAAAGGUCAAACCUGAGGAUUUGAACGAUGUAGUACUUGUAGGUGGAUGUUCAUACAUUCCAAAGAUAAAAAAUCUUGUCAUGAACGUAUGCAAGAAAGAGGAGCUUUACGAAGGGAUGAACCCAUUGGAAGCUGCUGUCUCUGGAGCAGCACUACAAGGAUACGUAGCUUCUGGUGUUCAUGAUCCUUUUGAAUCCGUGGAUGUGCUAUCUAUUCAGGUCACACCUCUCUCAGUUGGAAUUCGAGCUGACGGAAACAACUUUGUGCCUAUCAUACCUCGAAACACCACAAUACCAGCCCAAAGAGAGAUGCUUUUCACAACAUCCCAUGAUAAUCAAGCCGAAGCACUUGUAAUUGUUUAUGAAGGUGAUGGCGAGAAGCUGGAAGAAAAUCAUUUGCUGGGAUACUUCAAAAUUGAGGGACUUCCUCCAGCACCCAAAGGAGUUCCACAAGUACGAGUAAUGAUGGACAUUGAUGCUUCAAACGUGCUGAGAGUUUUGGCUGCUGUGUUAAUGCCAGGUUCUCAUGUUCCCAUAAAUCCUGUCCUGGACGUGAGGAUGCCAACGGUUGACGAUGGUCAUGGCUGGUGCGCGGAAGCGUUGCACAGAGCUUAUGGUGCUACUCAAGACUUGGUAUCAGUGAAGAGGAUCUAGUUGAAUCAAAUUGUAGUAAUUAGUAGGAAUAAUUGGUUGUUUUGUAAAAGGGUGAUAGUUCUCUGUUUGCAUACUUUCUUGUGGCUUUGGUGUAAUAAAUUGUGUUUGUGCUUUUUAAGUUGGAAGUUACAAUUCUGAUGAGGAAGAAUUGUAGACGUCGAGCUCA